AUCACCGGGGCAACACAGGGUUUCAAAGGUUCCCCACCCCAACGUCCUGCCUCUGUUCCGCACGAUUGAAAUGCUCCAAAAGUCGAACAAACCCACUCUCAAAGCCCCAGUACUCGCACCGGUACCGUGAUUGCUCAGAUUGAGAGCAUAUCUCGGCCUCAAUACAAAUACCACGGCCUCCACCGUUUCCAGACCAUCCACCAUACGUACAUUGGCCCCGGCGAUUCCAUAGUGGGUAUUAUAGUCGCUCGCCUCCAGCGAUGUCCAUCCAGUUGCCCCUCCAUCUAGCCCUUCUCCUCGUGCCCUAUUUGGAUCCCCCAGACAUAGCCCGUGCUCGGCGAGUAUGCAAGGUAUGCCGCCUACACCCCCACCCCACUUUACACCUCCUUAUCGCAGCGCUGACAAGAGCUCGUUGAACAACAAAAAAAGUCAUGGCAUCCGGUAUUCUCAUCAAACGCCCUCGCCCGAGCAACACUACGAGUUCACUACCCUCUCUGUUACGAGAUUCGUGCACCCUCGCGUCCCAUCGACUCGUCAGUCCUCAACCGUGUCGGAAAGCGUUACGCUGCUCUCAAGUCUGGACUUCCUCAGCAAGAGCUUCGCAUCCCAAUCAGAAAAACCCGCAGAAAUAAUUGCGUCUGGACAUUUUCCGAGAAUCUCAUUGUCGCCCAAACUGGCCAUCAUCCGACCAUUCAGUUGACACUGAUCUACCUGGACGCUUCCGGGGACACGAGACGCAUACGAAAUGGGAGGGCGACGAUAGAUGCCGCAGGGGAGACGUCAGUUACUGUCAAGGUCUGUUUCACCCCUUCCUCUCAAUCCACUGCGAUAUGUUGUUGACAUCCCCUGAGGUUUGCCGAGAUGUUCUAGCAGUCGAAAGAUCCGAGGAACGAGUAACAAACCCGGGUCGCUCCAAUUGGGUUGCCAUCGUCAACUUCUUCAGGCUCUCGCUCGAAGGAGAAGAUGCAAUCGCAGCCACACAUAUAUCCACAAUCAAUACCUUCGAGUUUACAUACAUUGACUACUCCCACCAAAUCACGAGCGAUCAUUCCGGAAAAUAUUACGCUGCAUACUCGAGAGCAGAGGCCUCCCGUAGCGGUGGCAUGCUCUGUGUUUGGGAUAUUGAGACGGGUGGAAUGGUUCGGCGUGUUCCAGCUGCGUCCCUGGCCGGAAUAGUCAUGAUCACAGACGUGGUUGUCGCUGCAAAACAUGGAUCGAGGGGCCAGCAACACGUGGUAGUUGCUGGGAAUGAUAAGCGCAACAACAACGCAAACCGCUGGGGAAGAUUCCCAGGGGAGUGGGGGUAUCUCUCCAGCUUCAAAGCUUUCCCCAUCGAGGAUGGUUCCAAAGAAGCGGAAUGGAGUGGGUUUGUUGGAAGAACCAAAGCAGCAGCCCCCCGUGAAUCGAACAUUCUGGCUGCUACAUUCAAGAUACCUCGCUUCCCCCACGCCAUUUCCCCAGCCGACGCCUCUGAUACCCCUGGAUACGAGAGCGAAGACGUUGGACUCGCUCUCUGGGAGCUAAGGGACCGCUCAGGACAAGCUACUUCUUACUACCACAAACUAUCCCCCUCCACCCAUCCAAAGUCCACCCCAGAUGCCUCUCUAACCGCAGACUUGGAAUACCGGCUGCCGGAAAGAGCCCCUGCCUCCGACCCUCCUGCGCCCUUCGCAAUCAAGGGCCGGGCUGGCCUAUCAUUCACCAUGGAUUUUACCGGCCGCAACGAGGACUUUGAAGGGACUCGCCUGAUGCUCUACCAGCUCCGUAUACAAUGUUUCUACCCAUCAGAUAUACCGGGUGUUAUGGAACGGGAUUGGGAAUCCUGCCUGAAAACUGGGGGCGCAGCCGGACGGACGAGGGGUUUUUACUCGGCAAAUAGAAAUGUUUCAUACACCAACAUGCUGCCCGCGAUGGAGGUUGUUGAGGACGAGAUGGCGAUCGCUUUCCUUGAGCUGACACAAGAUGGAAUGGACCUCGUUGUUGCGAUUUGGGAUGAGCCUUAUGGGGGGAAGGUUUUGGAUGGUGCCGUACUGUGACGCCGGAGGUUCAAUAUUGGCUAUGCUCAAGCACAUGGUUGGAGUAGGUAUCCCUAGACAAAAUAAACUAUAUCAUGAAUCGUC